AUGUCUAAUCGCCCGAAUCCUCCAACGUAUCAAAGUCCCACUAGCACCCUCUACGCGAUUGCUGACAUUCAUGUCGCUUUCGCUGUAAACAAGGCCGCUUGGGCUGAAUUGGCCCCGCAUCCGCACGAUGGUCUUGUUUUAUGCGGAGACGUUGGGGAGACAGUUGAGCAUCUUCAGCUAGCAUUUUCGACAGCUACUAAAUGCUUCGGCGCAGUAUGGUGGUGCCCUGGCAACCAUGAGCUCUACACAUUCACAACGGGGUCUAGCGCUGGUGUACGGGGGGAGAGCAAGUAUCAGCAAUGUGUCGAUGUAGCGCGAUCUUAUGGCGUCCUCACUCCCGAAGAUGAUUUCGUCUUAUGGGAGGGACGAGGAGGCCCGGCGGUGAUUGCGCCAAUUUUCACCCUGUACGACUACUCUUUCAGGCCAGACAAUGUCACUCUAGAAAACGCUGUGCCCUGGGCGAGGGAAAUGGACAUUGAGGCGACGGAUGAGUUUUUACUUCACCCAGACCCAUAUCCCAGUCGCCAAGAGUGGUGCAGGGCUCUUGUUCAGAAAUUCGAAACCAAGCUAGAAGCUACAAAGGAGCGAUUUCCAGCAGUUCCUUUGAUCAUUGCCAACCACUGGCCUCUCCGGGAAGACCUUGUAACUCUGAAGUUUAUACCACGGUUUUCAAUUUGGUGUGGUACAAAAUUGACAGCCGACUGGCAUCAAAGAUAUAAUGCAAAGGUGGUUGUUAGUGGUCAUCUCCAUAUUCGGAGAACAGAUUGGAAAAACGGCUGUCGAUUUGAGGAGGUCAGUCUUGGCUAUCCACAGCACUGGAAGGAUUGUGCUGAAAUGGGUAUGGGGGUGAAUGAACUCCUCAGAGAGAUUUUACCCGGACCAGAGCCUCCUAAACAAAAUGAAGGGGUGCCAACACAAUGGAGAAGGUAUGGAUAA